GCCAUAAAUAACAAAAUAUUCCUUUGCGGAACAAAAGGCCUGACCAGAUGUCCCAAAACCCCUCUUGAACCAAAACUGAAACCCUAAAUUCUUCUUUUCUCAUGUCUGUUCUUCAAUUUUAAAACUCAGCUCACAGAGUCCCUCCAAAAUCUGUAUUGCCAUUGAUAAUGAGAAUUACUUGAUCCUAACAAUUCUGUUAUCUCCGAUGGAUGAAGAUAUAAUUGUGUGUGAGAUACUAAGCAGACUCCCUGUGAAGUCACUCAUGCGGUUCAAAUCUGUAUGUAAACAUUGGUGUUACUUAAUCAAACAAGAUCCAUAUUUCAUUGAUUUACACUUUUCUCGAUCUAGAACUCAUCAAUGUCUUUUCAUCGUCGAAUUACAACAAAGUAUAGCUGAUGGAGGUGGAGGAGACAUAAUUUGCAGAGGACGUCAAGCGCAAUUCGUGGAAGCUCAGUUAUGGCCGGGGGAACGAUGACGAGGUACAGUAACAUCAACAAUUCAUACUAUGAGUAAAAUUGAUUUGUUUAGUUACAAUACUAUUGUUGGAAUCGUAAACGGAUUGAUCUGUUUUGUUGAUCGUAACAAACAUGCUGUUUGCAUAUACAAUAUUAGCACGAGAGAUCAAAUUACACCUUGGAUUAAAUCAACUUUGUCGAUGGAAGAGAAAUUAAUUGGUGUAGUUAGUGGUUCUUGUGUUUAUAAAUUUGGUUUCGAUCCGGUCAGUAAGGAUUAUAAAGUGAUAGGCAAGUGGAAAAUUUUGGAUGAAUUUGAAAUUUGGGGGUCUUGACUGUUGGAGAAAUUACAUGGAGAAAGAUUGAUGAGGCACCGCCUUGUUAUAUUGGACCAAGUGCACCUUCUGUUUAUGUGAAUGGUUUUAUCUAUUGGUUCCCAAAUAGGUAUACUGGUGGUGAUGGAUUUAUAGUGGCAUUUGAAGUUGGAUGUGAAAAGUUCAGAGCGCUCCAAGUCCCUACUUUCAUCCUUCCUCAGCGCUCGGAUUAUGAUGGUGACAAAGUUAAUGUUCGUCUGUUAGAAGUGAAUGGAGUGUCGCUAUAUUACGUAGAAUGACUGUUUGUGAUAUCAAGUUGUGGAUAUAUGGACACAUUGACAAGGAGAAUAGUAAAGCUACCGCUAUAAAUUCUGGUGAUAAAAAUUGGACCGAAAAAAAAAUCACAUUGCCUGCAGUUUGUUGGGAUCGAAAUCGAUUUCUUUGUUGUGAUCCAAUCAGCGGGACAGACCAAAUAAUCUUCGAAAUCCACCAAAAGAACUCUGAUGCACUUCCAGAUUCAGUGUAUUUAUAUUCUUAUGAAUUGAAGAGUAAGAAUUUCAAGCCGAUUAAGAUCAGUGGGAUCCCAUCGUCAGUUCCUAUUGAUGACACCAAAACUAAACUCUGUAGAUCAUUCAGUGAAAGCCUUUAUUCCUUUUCAGCCGCAGAAAAGAAGCAAGGUCUCGCAGGGUACGGUUUUGUUGUCAGGAACCAUUUGAAACAUUUUGAAGGUACUGAAUCUGGGGGUCCUGGGGUAGCUACCAACUAUAUUGCUAAAAUUAUGGCUGCCAUUUGUGCUAUGCAAUGGGCAGUCACUCAUCAGAGGUGGAGAAUCAUUAUUCAUUCCGCCUCGAAAGCUAUUCUCUAUGCUUUCAUGAACAGGAGACUUCCUUGGAUGUUUUGGUCUAGGUAGCACAAAACUUAUUCCUGUCUGCAUCCUGUUCACUUAAGACAUGCUUUCCUUAGCUUCUUGGCAGAUUGCUUUUUGCAUUACAAUUCAAGGCCUGGCUUUUUACAACGGCUUGAUUAUCCCUUUUUUUUGAAGCAACUUGAAUAUCCUGACAUCCCCUAUAUCAGAUUUUUGAAUUUUAGUGGCUGUUUUCUGGGAUUUUAUUUAGUUUUUUGAUUCUCUGAUUUCGGCCUUAAGAAUCUCUUGUCCAUCUAUUUGAUCCUUUUCUUUUGUAUCAGUUAAUUUAAUAUAACAUGAGCAUCUGUAGUUCUAUGUGACCCGUUUAAGUGGAAUCAACUGUAUAAGUAUACCUUGUAGAAAAUCAGCAGAUGAAUUGUAGCAAGAAGUAUGUGUACAGAGAAAUUGUAAAGCUGCAAGCUAGACUGUUGCAUCAGUUUUGUAUUCAUAUUCUCUAGUAUGCAAUUUGACU